ACAGGUCACCAAGCAUCAGUGUCUUCCAUCGUGUCCGUAUGUGUGCGCCAAGCAGGUGAUUCGAUUGACGCGGUCAUGUCUGCGAGCGAAGACGGCACGUUAUUCCUGUGGGAUCUUUCCGAUGGCCGUUGCUUAGCAACGGAGACAUCUCUCCCGCGUGGACCAUCCACACUCACGACGCUCACGUCACGCAAGCAAGUAGUGUGUACCGGACACUAUGGGAUGGUGUAUGUCGUGGAUGCCGCAACCCUACACGUUGUCAAGACGCUCACCAGCGAAGCUCGUCCUGACUGGAUUACGGCUGUGUGUGUGGUGGGGAUGGGUGCGAUUGAUACCACUAACGGGUCAGGCGAGCCGGUGCAGACGGACGCGCUAUUGGCUGUAACUGGAGAGGGCACUUUCAAGCUGUGGUCUUUGGAACUUGUGGAGACCACAUUCAUGAGCGUGGACGACCAUCCCCUCUGGAAGCCGCUGAAGAUUCAGCCGCUCGAGGGCUGUCGACAGCCCAAAACAAUUGCCAUCUCCCCAUUCUGUCGGUCUCUUUUCAGCAUUGUCACGCCCACGUGCUGGUUACUGUACUCCGCGGCAGGAUGUAAGCUACUGUGUCGCAUCAUGGCUCCCACACGCAUCCGUUGGCAGAGCUCGCAGUUUCUGUCGUCGACUCUGGUCGCACUCUUCGGACAAGCAGGCAAUUGUUAUGUGUACUCCCUCAGCCUUCCAGAGAAACCCUAUGCACCGCUGACGUUUGAGUUCCAGGGUAGGCCAUCGUAUUCAGCGACCACGAAAUCGCCUUCGGACCCCACCGAUGUCGAGACUGCCCAGUCAAGACACUUGGAGCUAAAGAAGUCCGAUUCUUUCCAAGUGUUCCCAGAUUUGCCGCAAACUGACUUCAAUCAGCAGAUGGCAAGUCUGGUGUGCGUAUACACGGCCGCCACUCCCUGUGCCAAGACACAACCCACCCCUUUCACACACUCACCAGUGCCAACACGUGCAGAGAAUGGAGGCACGAGUGUGUUAGGGGAUAAGGAAAGCGAUGAUACUAAACAAACGGAGGCCAGUGAGAGAUCAGCUAAACGUGGUCCAACGGAACGGAUAAGGAAUCUGGUGCUGUCUGCGGGUGGGCGAGUGCGAGGAUUCAACCCCGUCUCUCUUUAUGCCGGCCCUGAUACAACUGCGGACGGGCCAGCGCGACCCGCCGUUUCAUCGGCAUUCCCUAGUCACCUGAUUGUAUCUGGCGACGAUUUUGGAGUUCUGCGCGUGUGGGACGUUUCCGACAAGAUGCAGGCGUCUUCCCCGUACCUAUAUCCAAAAUCACAGAGAUCAGUCCCAGCGACAGGUAUCGAUGCCAGCUCAAUACCCUUCAAGUCUGCCGACAGCUAUGACUUGCUUGAAUUAUCCAACACGGAAGCGGCCAAGGGAGACUUAGAGAUCAUUUCGAAUUGCGCUUCCUACGAUUUUAGGGAUAAGUGGGAUGCCGGCGAAGAAACAGACAAUGGUUAUGGCGAUGUUACUGCCUCUGCAAUUAUUAAGAAUAUCUACAUGGCCAGAGGUUAUGCAUCGGGUGUAAUUGUUCUGUGCGAGCUAAUGGCAGAGCUCGAGAGGGUUUUGAGCAACGAAUGUCAGACAACCAAACAUCUGCCGAAAGUCAGUCCGCACGCAACAGGGGGCGGUAUAGUGAUCGUAAAGUCAUCAGAAGAUUACACGCCGCAAAAGGCGAGCGACCCAAUACUGAUGACCGGCCAUACCGGGGCUGUCACGUGUUUGCUGUAUCCACACGAUGUCGACAACAAUUUCUCAGCCCACCAUCUCAUAUCGGGAUCAGACGAUUUCACCAUUCGUGUGUGGAAUGUAUCAACAGGCGAAGCAAUUCAUGUGUUCCACAACCACUGCGCUCCCAUUGCGAGGUUGAUACCGUUUUCCGGACGGGAAGUGUCGCGGUCGACGAACUGUAUAUGUUCUCUUGCCGGCGAUCACAACGUAGGCAUAUACUCACUGGAUGAUAUGAGGUGCUUGCACAGCAUGGGUGGCCACAUGUUCCCUGUGCGGUCGGUGCAAUGGCGUUACGAUGACGACUACUUUGUCGUGGACUGCAUAGACGGCACCAUAUAUGUCUGGCAGCUGGGUACCGGCCAUUUGGACAGAGUCGCCCAAGGCAAAUUGGCCGAAGGCAUACUGGCAAACUGGGAGAGCCAAGCAUCCGCACGUGAUGUGGUGUGGAAGCGAUACGGAGACGACACCGUCACAUCGGGCAAUGGGUACGGGAACCUCAAGACACUCACGACAGCCCUCACGUGUAGUCCAACCAAUGCCCAGGCCAAGAAUGUGGCACUGGUGAAACUGCAGAGGACUGGAUUGAGCCAUGCAGACUCACCACUAGAGGUUGUGCUGUUCGACGUCAAGAAGAUCGUAUCGCUGCUAAAGUCGGGCGAUCGAGAUACAGAUGUGUGCAAGGGCUUGUUGAAGAUGCUCAUGCCCUACGUCAUGCCGUGGGGCUUCCGGCCCGACAUCGACCAACAGCUGUCGAAAAUCCUCCAUGUCAAAAUCCCUAAAGAGCCAUCACACGCCGUCCUGGGCCGCAACGGACACAUCUCAUCGCUCAUGGCUGGAAGUACUCGUCCCACCGACCCAUGGCGCAUGAGUGGACACCUAACCGGCGUGCAGAUGGCCUGUGCUAUAUCACUCACCUACUGGGAGCACCCCAUUGCUACGCGUCUGCUGUGCACGUUGUUUACCGUCACUUUACCUCAACUGCCAGCGGAUCCCGUGACUGGCAAACUGCCGUUUGUCCCACCCACCCUGGGCAUCCUCACGGACUUCUGGAAGGGCACGUCGAUGUCGCGCCCCAUACACCAGUUGGUGGACGCGUACCUGGCCGCCAUGAGCGAUGCGAUGAUCGACGAAGAGGUGUGCAAGUGGGAGGUGUACCUACAGAGCCAGCCAGACAUCAAGCCCGCGGCACACACCCCCACGGGCGAGCGGGUGUCUCCGCAUCCGGGUGCACACCACGCGCCAGGCGACACAGAUCCCCCCACGGAGGCUGGCAGGACGGCCAGUAAAUUGACCAGCGCCACACAACACCAGCGCAAUGUCAACGAGAACGACAUGUACGACUCGCCACACGACCGGAUGGCUGUACUGGUGCUGGGGCUGAUUGGGUCGAGGUAUCCGUCGGCGCUAUCGCCCGAGCUAACGGCCAAAGUGGCGGGGCAGUUGUGCUUGGCCGCGCUGGAGCAGAAUGGCAGGCCGGCGGACCGCUUCAACAACAAAAGCAAAACCGACCCGCAGGCAGCGGGAAAGAAGUUCGACGGGCGAAGGACAACGGCGGCUGCGGAAUUGCUGGGCGAGGGAUUCAGCACAUGGAUGGAGCACCUGGACGUGCCUCGUCUGGUGUUGCAGCUGUUGGCUGUAACUGGGCCGGUGGUCAAAUCAUCCACCAAUGCCAUAAAGGGGAGGGCCAUGUACUUCGGCGUGCUGAAGAAAGUUGCAACGAAUGCGCCGCGAGUGCUGGUGACCACGAUCAGUAACUUCUUCGUGAAAUCACAGUCCGUACCAUCACGCAUCCACGCGAUGAACGUUGUGCUCAACCUCGUGAGGGAGAUCCCCGAUGUUUUCGGCGAGCAGGUGCCUAGGCUCGUCGAUCUGGUCGUUCGUUCUCUGGAUCCACACGUCCCACAGUUGCGCGACAAUUGCCUGGAGGGCAGCACCAAGACCCUGCAAGAAAUCGUCAAACGCUAUCUCAUGGUCAGCUUCCAUGCGCCGUCACAGAAGUUAGCAGUAGGCUCGUCGUCGGGAUUAGUGGUACUAUACGAUCUAAAGACCGCGCGGCGGUGGCAGGACAUCGAUACCAAGCAGAAUGAGGUAACGGCCGUUGCUUUCUCCAACGAUGGGCGAGUGCUGGCCUCGUACAGUGCACGUGACCUCUCUCUCAAGUUCUGGCAGACGAACAUGUCCAUAUUCAACAUUUUGACCAACACCAUCAGAUGUAUCAGCACACACAAGGUACCCGCUUGCGACCAGAAGGUGCUGGAUGAGGAUGUGCGGUUAGUGUGGAUUGCAGCGAACACACUCAGUCUGUGCAGAGAUCACAACGAGGUCACAUUUAGUGUAUAGCGUAAAAUAAAAC